AUGGUUGGCAGUGGGGCUGCUCGCCUGGGCUGCGGUUCCAGGAUCGGGCCUUGGUUCCCGGGGAGGAGGCAGUACAGCGGAGCAAAUAGAGCCGCAACUCGGGUGCUACACACACCCUGGCUGCUCCUACGCGCGCACAAGUGCGCACCGAGAAGCACAGAGGCACACGAACGUUCUGACACAUAUCCCGCGGAAAGCGUCAGGUUGACGAUAUUUAGCACAGUAACCGCUGACGCGGACCGGUUAGCCCAGACCAGCUCUGCGGGACUCCCGCCGCCCACCCCAAGCCCGGCCAAAAUCGGCACCGAGCACACCGGGGCUGUGCUCCGGACGCUGCGGGUGUAUUUUAAGGCGACUCCCACGGCUUUGCACCAACAGGUGGUCAAGUCGGACCACCUGGCCCCCAGCAAGCCGGCGGACGCGGCGCAGUACCUGCAGCAGCAGGCGAAGCUGCGGGUCAGCGCCCCCGCGGCCACCGGCACCCACCUGCCCCAGAUGUCCACGUACAACCUCGGCGUGUCCCAGCCCUCCAGCUUCAAGCACCCCUUCGCCAUCGAGAACAUCAUCGCCAGAGAGUACAAGAUGCCCGGGGGCCUCGCCUUUUCCACAAUGCAGCCCAUGCCGGCCGCCUACCCCCUUCCCAACCAGUUGACUACGGUGGGCAGCUCCAUUGGCACGGGCUGGCCCCACAUGUACGGCUCCGGCAUGAUCGACACCGCCACCCCUAUCUCCAUGGCCAGCAGCGAGUACGGCGCCUACGGCGUGCCCAUUAAACCGCUCUGCCAUGGGGGGCAGACUUUGCCGGCCAUCCCCGUCCCCAUCAAGCCUACCCCCGCCGCGGUGCCGGCCCUGCCCGCCCUGCCCGCGCCCAUCCCCACCAUCCUCUCGAACUCGCCGCCCUCCCUCAGCCCCACGUCCUCGCAGACGGCCACCAGCCAAAGCAGCCCGGCCACCCCCAGCGAGACUCUCACCAGCCCGGCGCCCGCCCUCCACUCCGUGGCGGUGCACUGA